GUCACACUGUGUAUGUACGGGGCGCACAGCCCCUGACAGGGUGAGACAGGCAUGGGCCGGGAGUUACAGUCAUAGACCAAGCUCACCACGUGAUCACAGUCGUUCUAAUUUCUGACAGCCUUUAUCUCCCGUCUGAUGGGGAGCCUGUCGCUUCAUCACCCAGGCUGCUUCUACCAGAUGUAUGGAGAUCCGCUUUCACCACUCAAAAUGCCAUUUCGAUGAUUCAUUAUGUUGAUCACUGCAUAUUUGGUUCUCGUGGGUCUUCUGACUCUGUGGGCAGUGUUGGAGUUUUCUGCUUGCCAUUCUAAACCUACACCCACCAGCAGUGCCUCAGGAAACCCAGCUUUCCGAAGUUUUCAGCGUGACUUCUUCAGAUCCUAUUUUCCUGCUCUGGCUGCAGACUGGUUACAAGGACCCUACCUGUACAAAUUGUACCAGCACUACCACUUUCUGGAGGGGCAGAUUGCAAUCAUUUAUGUAUGUGGCUUUGGGGCCAGUGUGUUGUCAGGUUUGGUGAGUGCUCCUCUGACAGGACGACUAGGUCGCAGGAAAUCAUGCAUACUGUUCUGCCUUCUUCUAGCUGGAUGCUACCUGUGCAAACUGUCUCAGGACUACUUUGUUCUUCUGACAGGCCGUGUGCUGGGAGGAUUCUCCAGUUCGCUGCUGUUUGCCUCUUUUGAAUCGUGGUAUGCUCAUGAACAUUCUGAACAUCACGAUUUCCCCACAGAAUGGCUUCCUCACACCUUCUCCCAAGUUGCUGCCUGGAAUGGGGGCAUUGCUAUUGUGGCAGGAGUAACUGCAAAUGCUUGUGCAGAGUGGCUGGGCUUGGGGCCGGCUUCACCCUCUGUGCUAGCGGUGCCACUGCUAGGCCUGUCUGUAGCUCUGGUGAUACGGGAGUGGGAUGAGAACCAUGGACAGCGCAUCAGCCUUACUCGAAGUUGUGGUGAUGGACUAAGAUGCCUUCUGAGUGACCGCCGAGUAUUACUGUUAGGCGCCAUACAGGCGUUAUUUGAGAGUGUGGUUUUUAUUUUCAUCUUCCUCUGGACUCCAGUGCUGGAUCCUCAUAAUACACCACUUGGUAUUGCCUUUUCCAGUUUUAUGGCAGCCAGUGCAGCAGGGUCAUCACUCUACCGUCUUGCUACUUCAAAGAAAUAUCAUUUGCAGCCAAUGCAUAUACUGUGCCUGUCAGUACUCAUGGUUUUCUUCUCCCUUUUCAUGUUAACCUUUUCCACAGGCCCGGGACAGGAACGUCCUACAGAGUCCUUUCUAGCAUUCCUUCUCAUAGAACUAGCCUGUGGCCUCUACUUUCCAUCUAUGAGUUUUCUAAGGCAUCGGCUGAUCCCAGAAAAAGAACAAACAGGGGUAAUGAAUUGGUUUAGAGUGCCCCUGAACCUUCUUGCUGGGCUAGGUCUCCUUGUCCUCCAUGACAGUGACUAUAGUAGUGGCACUAGGAACAUGUUUACUUUGUGUGCUGUCACUAUGCUACUUGCACUGCUUAGUGUGGUCAGCCUCUUCUCCAUGGUAAGGAAUGACACUGACCUACGUUUGCCAAGCUCAGAAAUUGAACCCAGCGGUUCUGAACAGUAAAUAUACUUUUACUUAGGCACAAGCUAAAAUCAACAACCCAACCAAAACUGAGAAGGGUAUGACACUGAUGCCCUGCAAAUGAAUUGGCAUGAGACUGAGCGCUUGAUAAUCUUUUUAUGAACAGGGACACAUAAUAACCAGUGCUCUGUCAUUUUUACCAUUCCAAAUGGAAGCAUGUCCUGUCCGUUUAUAAAAACCCUAAUUUCUAACCCAGGAGCAAUAUUGGGCAUUUUCAUCCUCUGUAAGCUAGAAAAAUGGGUGGCGGUAUGGGUACUGGAUGGUGACUGCAGCAGGGUCGCAAACUUUUGUUACAAGAUAUUAAAGGCUUGUGCUAAGGGCACUUAUUAUGCGUUA